UCUGGCCGCGCGCGCAGUCUGCAAACCGGGCGCGGGUAGGAGGGGCGAUUCGAGGCUACAGAUACCACAGGAAUGACAGGAGGAAGCCGCCUUGCCCCACAUCCGCAUUUACACAUUCAACUCACUUCACUGGAAAACAAUACCGCCCUGGACGCGCAUUCUGACGCGCAUCCGAUCUCUUCACGCCUCCAGUUCUUUGUUAAUUUAUCUCAGUAUUUAUCUAUUAAUUUUUGUUAUUGUUUUUAUCACCCAAAGUUACCGUAUCCGAGGUGUCCAUGACUGUUUACACGCAGUUUUCAAUCUAAAAGCGAAUGAUGAGCAGCAAAAUGUACUUUUGGACAUGACCAGGAGCAGAGAGCACUUACUACAAAUCCAUAGGAUGCUGGAAGACUUGAGUGGGACACACACCAGACCAGGCACCCUUAAAACAAGCUCAUUCAGCUUUUCGGCCCUGGCAUCCCUACCACACUGUCUUCACAUGGAUGCCAGUGCACACCCUAUCAGAAGGACUCUGUACCGUCUGAGGUUGGUGAGCUCUCCGAACCUGAGUCAGCUGGGCAAGAAUGAGAAGGCGUCACUGGAGGAGCGAGGAUCUGGUCCAAACGCGACAUGGAACAGCAUUCACAAUGCAGUUAUUGGUGUUUUCCAAAAGAAGGGACUGGCUGACCACGAACUCUACACACUCAAUGAAGGUGUGAGGCAGCUCCUGAAAACUGAACUGGGCUCUUUUUUCACUGAAUAUCUACAGAACCAGUUGCUGACCAAAGGCAUGGUCAUUCUUAGGGACAAAAUAAGAUUCUAUGAAGGUCAGAAAUUACUCGACUCCCUGGCAGAAACUUGGGACUUCUUCUUCUGUGAUGUUCUCUCCAUGCUACAAGCCAUCUUUCACCCAGUCCAGGGAAAAGAGCCGUCAGUGCGGCAGUUGUCUCUGCUGCUCUUCAGAAACACUAUCACUCUAAACAUGAAGCUGGAUGAAGCUCUGUCCCGACCGCGUGCCCGUGUCCCUCCGUCCAUUGUCCAGAUGCUUCUAAUACUCCAGGGUGUGCACGAGUCGCAAGGUGUGACAGAGGAGUACCUGAAGCUGGAGUCACUUAUUCAGAAGGUGGUGUCACCCUACCUGGGGACACAUGGGCUCUGCGCGCACGACUGCGAUGCCUCCCACUGUUCAUGCAUUAUGGAAAAUCGUCUGCAGUGGGGCUGGUCCAAACCUGCUGAAAUCCCCGCAAUAAAUCCAGUGGUUCGCUCCAAGAGCUACAACAUCCCUAUGCUCACCCCAGUAGCUGAGUACGAUGCGGAGGUCGGCUCUGUGGGUAGCGUGGGUAUCCGUCGCCACUCAGCCUGUGAGGUCACUUCCUGUAUGGAGCAGCAGGGCUUCUCCCUCUCUGUCAGCAUGGAGAUGAGCUCCACCCCCAGGAUUCCACUUGACCACGAGCUUACCUUACCUACGGCAAAGCAUGGGGCCACGGCACAGCCUGCUCUAAUCCUACCUUCUAUCUUUAUCCAGAACUCUGUGGGGCCUUUACACACUCAGACAGUCAUCUCAGAGACAGAUAAAGCAAUGUCUUCACCCACAAGCUGCUCCUCCAGUCCAGAAACCAUCGUCAUGCAGGGUGCAGACUCUGCGGAUUCCGAUCAGGAUGGGAUAUUCAUCGACUUUUCCCACUGCCGCUCGGACUCCUUCGGCACCAACAGGAAGACGAGCUGAGUUGUGUAAUUAAUUUGUAUUGAACUCCCAUAUUGAUUUAUUUAAAUCACUACACAUGAGGUGAUAUUUUCACAUCACACGUGUUGCCUAAGUGAUUAACGGUAAAGCCUGGUAUGAGAACAGCACUUCUUUCUUUUAUUCUUUCUUUUUUUCUUAAAAUAAGAAAUCUGAGAACACAACUGUCCUUACGCUGCUUUCCAAAUAGGACAGUCUUUAGUCUUUAUCUCAGGAGCACAAAUGCUGUCUAGAAAUGCUCACUCUCUAGGGAGCCUCCUCACGAAUAAAACACAGAGCUAGCAAAUGUGUGCAUCGAAUAUCACACUGUACUGUAUGACUGUUUGUUGGCAUUCAGACUGUGGUUGGCCAGACCUCAAUUAAACAAAAAAACUAAGAUACUGUGUUGGAUGUUUUAUAGCAGACACUUUUAUAAGAUGUACUAAACCUUUUGAUGUACUGUAUGUUUUGGGGAUUUUUUAGCUCAUUUUUAGCAUUUUAAAGGUACAUAACGUCACAUGGAGAAUUCAAUUUGACUCAAAGAUUGUCUGAAAUAUGUGAUCACCCAGCACUGUCAUUUCUUUCAUGCUUGUGCCUUCAUCAUCCAGGUAUGGCACAGUUUAGGUGUUUAACAUUAUGGUUCAUAUUUGCUGCAGCUUACAAGUCAAAUGUGAAUGAAUCAGACGUCUGGCCGAGAACAUGUGAUUGUACAUAUUUAACAUAAUCAUGCAGAAAUAGUAUUGUGUGUGUGUGUGUGUGUGUGUGUGUGUGUGUGUGUGUGUGUGUGUGUGUGUGUGUGUGUGUGUGUUUUGCAAUAACACAGAGAUGAUUAAGGGGUAAAACAAUCAUGCGAAAUGUGAGUUAAUAUGCGUUAGAUUCUAAAUUUAUUUGCAGCUCAUUUCAGGUAAUUGAUUUUUAUCUGUAUAUGUACAGUUAUUUUCCAGGCAUAAUGCAUCAUGUUUUUUUUAUAUUAUAAAUGUUCAAAUAAAUGCACAUUUAAUUAUAUUAGCAUUAAUUGAUAUGCAAACUAUUCUUAAGAAAAAUAAAGAUUACAUUUACAUCAUUUUAUUCUGGCUUUUAGCUUAUAGAUGGGCACAAUAUGGAUCAAGCUGCAUAACAGCAUCAAAUGAAACAGAGAUGAGUGAUCUAACAGACGUUAGGAAAAUAAUAAAGGACACGUCUUUGAUUUGUAAGUCAAAUAAUUGUGUUUAAAUUGUACACCUUUUUGAGAAAAUGUGAAGUGUGUUUUAAUUGUAAAUUAAUUAUUUAAUUGUUGCAUUUCUUAAAUGAAAUUAUGUAACAAAGUGCUUCAGACGUAUUUAUAAUGUUGUUAUGGUUGUAUAGUUAUGUAGUUAUAUAUGUUUUUUGUUUUUACACAAGCAAUGUUUGUUUGUUUUCUUGAGCAUUUGGGAAAAAUAGUAUUGGGAGAUAAAGUGGAGGUUUUUAAGGUUGCUUUGUAUAUAUAUAUAUAUAUAUAUAUAUAUAUAUAUAUAUAUAUAUAUAUAUAUAUUUUUUUAUCUGUGGGAAGUAGAUUAAGUAUGAUCAUAGUCAUCAUCUCUUUGUUGCUUGGUUGUGAAUUAAAAACACUACCUUUGCUUUGAAACACUACCUUCUUUGUUGCGCAAUGGUAAAUCCACCAGCAGGGGGCGCUCUGUACCGGCGUCCGAGUGCUGGGGGUCGAGCCGCGGUUUAGUUUUAGUUUUUGUUUUGAAAACCAUUUUGGCUCAAAUUUGUAUGUCGAGUUUGCUGUAUUUUUUUUUAUAAUAAACAUUUGACAGCUUCAA